UUUGACUGCACGAACACCCUGAACGAUCAGAUCCUGGAGAAUGUAACGGUGCAGAUGGAGCCAACAGAGGGGUAUGAGGUCAUUGGCUGCGUACCUGCCAAAACCCUGGUGUACAACCAGCCGGGUACCUGCUACACACUGGUGGCACUGUCUGGAGAGGAUCCAACAGCAGUGGCCUGUACCUUCAGCUGCAUGAUGAAGUUCACUGUCAAGGACUGUGAUCCGAACACAGGAGAGACGGAUGAUGAGGGUUACGAGGAUGAGUAUGUGCUUGAAGACCUGGAGGUAACAGUGGCUGAUCACAUCCAGAGAGUUCUGAAGCCAAACUUUGGAGCAGCCUGGGAUGAAGUGGGUGAUGAGUACGAAAAGGAAGAGACCUUUACUUUGUCUGCUAUUAAAACCCUUGAAGAGGCAGUUACUAAUAUCGUGAAGUUCCUGGGGAUGCAGCCCUGUGAGCGAUCAGAUAAAGUGCCAGAUAACAAGAACUCUCACACACUGUACCUGGCAGGUGUGUUCCGGGGUGGCCAUGACCUCCUGGUACGGUCUCGUCUCGUCCUGACCGACACCGUGACAAUGCAGGUCACUGCCCGCAGCGGAGAGGAGCUCCCCGUGGAUGUGAUCAUGGCCUCCGUUGGAUAAACUGCCUUUUCCGGGGCUGUCCCGACACCAAGCCCCCGUGGGCAAUGCUUCUUUCUCUGGUAGCAGAAUAGGGAUCACAUUCACUACAGCAGCUUUUGUGUUCUCUGCAGUACAGCUGUAUCUGGGGCUCUGUCUAUAAAAGAACGAUGUUUUUAA